UUUCCUUUUUCGUGAUUUUCACAACUUCGUCUUCUUUUCUCGCUGUUUGCUCAAUUUCUGCGGUUGUGGAGCUAUAUUUGUUGCUUUGGAUUUGACGAGCUAUGGCGGGGAUGUGCUGUGGAGUUAGUAUUGGAGAAACGGAGGCUGCUUCGCCGAGGAGGAGGAGGAGGAUGGAGAUUCAUCAAUUCAAUUUUGCGCCUACCGAUUCGGCCGCCGGAGGAAGGAGGAAAAGGCAGAAGAUCGCCGCCGUGGCUCCGGUUGUGGCUCCGAAGUCUGAUUUUCAUGAGGAAAAGGAAAAUAAGGAGGUGAACCUUUUGAACGGCGGAGCGGAGGCGGCGAUUGGCAAAUCGUUCUCCUCAAUGGAUCUGAAAUUUGGUGUGACCUCUGUUUGCGGAAGGAGGCGAGACAUGGAAGACGCUGUGUCGAUUCACUCCUCUUUUUGCCCUAGCGAUUUGCAUUUUUUUGGAGUCUACGACGGCCAUGGAUGCUCUCACGUAGCGACUAGGUGCAAGGAGAGGAUGCACGAAAUACUGAAGGAGGAGCUCCAAAUCGGAGAACAGUCAUGGGAGCGGAGAAUGAAGGAAACCUUCUUAAAGAUGGAUAGAGAAGUCACUCAGUGCGGCGCCGGCCACAAAUCCACCUCCGCCUCCGGCUGCCGCUGCGAGCUCCGGACUCCUCAAUGCGACGCCGUCGGAUCGACCGCCGUCGUCGCCGUCGUAACUCCCGGCGAGAUCGUCGUCUCCAACUGCGGCGAUUCGCGUGCCGUACUCUGUCGAAACGGCGUCGCAUUCCCCCUCUCGGUGGAUCACAAACCGGACCGGCCGGACGAGCUGAACCGGAUACGGGAAGCUGGCGGCCGAGUCAUAUACUGGGACGGUCCAAGGGUUCUCGGAGUUUUAGCCAUGUCUAGAGCAAUCGGCGACAAUUAUCUGAAGCCGUACGUGAUAUCGGAGCCGGAGGUGACGGUGACGGCGCGUACGGCGGACGACGAGUGCCUGAUCCUGGCGAGCGACGGCCUCUGGGACGUGGUGUCAAACGAGACGGCGUGCGGAGUAGCUCGGAUGUGCCUCCAGUCUCGGAAACCUCAACCGGAGGAGAGCUCCGGCAAGGCCUGCUCCGACGCGUCGAUUCUGCUGACGAAACUGGCGUUGGCGCGUCGCAGUACGGAUAACGUCAGCGUCGUCGUCGUUGAUUUGAGGAAAGGCCUGUGAGUAUGAAUUAUGAAUACUCUUCUGCUCGUUGAGGGAUUUCAAUAAUGGAUUAUUAAGUAAAUAAUUUAGGUAAUUGAUUGAUAUUAAUCCUAAUUUUGGGGGUAAAAGUUAUAAUUGUAAUUGUUGGAGAUGAGUGUGUAAAUUUUGAAAAUUGUGGAAAGGUGCAGUUAUAUAAAUGUUGAAAUGUAAUUGGAAAUUGGAAUUAGGCGGAAAGGUGGUGCCUUACAAUAAUUUAAAGGAGUUGUAGAGUUACAGCUGUGAAGUCCCUAUUCGAAGUGUUGACAGGUGUUUGUUUCUGUAGUGAAUGAAUUCGAAAGUAAAGAUCAUGUAUAUAUUCUUACUUCUUCACUGCA